AUGGCGAAGAACCGAAUUCAAGUUGCAAUUGUAGGAGGCGGCAUCGCCGGCCUUGCUCUCGCGGCGGGCUUGGUUAAGAAACGGCAUAUUGAUGUUCAUGUCUACGAAUCGGUCUCGGCUUACAAAGAUAUUGGUGCCGGCUUAGCUCUUCAUCUCAAUGCUAUUAAAGCCAUGGCGCUUAUCGGACCUGAAGUAAGACAGGCGUACUUUGAUAUGGCUUUGUCUAUGGGCGACGAGGACCAGGAGAUGGCAACCGAGGUAAUUCUAGGUCAGGGGCCACAUAAAGGCCAGCUGGUAGCAGAACUUGGUAGGGCGAAGGGAAGAAAGACAGUCAGCCGAGCCGACUUACUGGAGGGUUUUCUAGCACUAAUUCCAAAGGAAGCAAUCAGCUUUGGUAAGAAACUCGUCGGUGUUAAAGAGCAAGACUCCAGCAAGCCUAAUGUUCACCUGACCUUCCAAGACGGAACCGAGGUUGAGGUUGACUGUCUCCUAGGGGCAGACGGAGUACACAGUGUAACCCGUAGCUACCUUCUCGGGGUAGACCAUCCCGCUACGCUGCCUAAAAAUCAUGAUGGGUGGCAGGUUUAUCGGACUAUGGUAUCGAUUGAUGAGGCGAGGAAGCAGAUCAAUCCUAAGUGGACCACAAAUGUUCCAAUUAUCCUCGGACCAAGAGGCCACAUCAACUGCAUCCCAUUAAAUAAGAACACACGUCUAAGCGCCGGCGUCGCUGUACGUGGUGCCUUCUUCUCGAAGAUUGACGGGUGUGCCCCACCGCUCGAUCCGGCCUUGUAUGCCGACUACAGCGAAGAGGCCCAACAGAUAGUGCGGAUGGUAGCCAAGGACACAAGCUCAUCCUGGACGAUAGCAGACCACGACCACGCGCCCUACUACGCACGGGGCCGCAUCGCUAUGCUCGGCGAUGCAGCGCACACCGCGAUGCCGUUCGCCGGCAACGGCGCAGCCCAAGCUCUCGAAGACGCGGCCGUGAUCGAUUACCUCCUCGCUCACGUCGAGCGUCCAGAGCAGAUCGGACAUGCCUUCGAGCCUUCGACGAGGUCCGAAGGCCUCGGAGCCAGGCGGUUGUGGAUCUCGCGCGCAAGUUCGGGCGGGUAUAUGCGUAUGCUGAGGAUGGCAUGCAUGAGGAUCCGGCGAGGAUGA